AUGACACCUAAACCCACCGGCCGAAGGAGCAUAGUCUGGGAACAUUACGAGAUUACAGAAGACAAGUCUUUGGUGAAAUGCAAACAUUGUCAUCGUGUGGUGUCGAUAAAACACAAAUCGACGGGAAACCUCUUUCGCCAUUUGAGGAGGCAUUCUAUAGACUUAUCCGGGAACGAGAAGAUUGAUCAGGGGAACAAGAAGGAGAAUCCAUUGCGUGAGAACGUUUAUAUUAAUUACGGAUCGUUUUUGGGUCGAAUGUUCUGA